AGAGGGUGGGGCAAGAUGGCGGCUGCCGCAGGGGCGCUGAGGAGGCUGGUGCGGUGCGGGCCGCAGCAGGUAGGGUCGGGCCGGCUGCCCCCGCCCGCCUCGCUCUCCCCCGGCUCCGUGCUAACGCCUGUCCCCGUCUCUCCGCAGGGCCUGGGGCGGCUGCUGCAGCUGCGCAGCGGGAUUCACGGGUCCGCGCCGGCCGCCGUCCAGGUGAAUGUCCGUGAUGCAUUGAAUCAGGCAUUAGAUGAGGAGCUGGAGAGGGACGAGAGAGUAUUUUUGUUGGGAGAGGAAGUUGCCCAGUAUGAUGGUGCAUACAAGAUUAGCAGAGGUCUCUGGAAGAAAUACGGAGACAAGAGAAUAAUAGAUACUCCUAUAUCAGAGAUGGGUUUUACAGGAAUUGCUGUAGGUGCUGCUAUGGCUGGACUGAGGCCUAUUUGUGAAUUCAUGACCUUCAACUUCUCCAUGCAAGCAAUUGAUCAAGUUAUAAAUUCUGCUAGCAAGACACUUUACAUGUCUGCAGGCCUGGUGCCUGUCCCAGUUGUCUUCAGAGGUCCCAAUGGUGCCUCAGCUGGAGUAGGAGCACAGCAUUCACAGUGCUUUGCUGCUUGGUAUGGGCAUUGUCCUGGACUGAAAGUAGUCAGCCCUUGGAGUUCAGAGGAUGCUAAAGGUCUGCUUAAAGCGUCAGUCCGGGAUGACAAUCCAGUUGUGAUGCUGGAAAAUGAGUUGAUGUACGGAGUCCCUUUUGAAAUGUCAGAAGAAGCUCAGUCAAAGGACUUUCUUGUUCCUAUUGGAAAAGCCAAAAUAGAAAGGCAAGGAACCCAUGUUACUUUAGUGUCACACUCCAGAUCUGUUGGACACUGUCUGGAAGCAGCUGCUGUACUUGUCAAAGAAGGUGUGGAGUGUGAGGUGAUAAACCUCCGUACCAUUAGACCAAUGGAUGUAGAAAGUAUAGAAGCCAGUGUUGUGAAGACAAACCAUCUUAUAACAGUGGAAGGAGGCUGGCCCCAAUUUGGAGUAGGAGCUGAAAUUUGUGCUAGGAUCAUGGAAGGACCUGCCUUUAAUUAUUUGGAUGCUCCAGCUGUGCGUCUUACAGGUGCAGAUGUUCCUAUGCCUUAUGCAAAGAUUUUGGAAGAAAACUGCUUACCUCAAGUGAAAGACAUCAUAUUUGCCGUGAAGAAAAUAUUAAAUAUCUAGGUUGUGUAUAUACAGGG